AUGAAAAGCUUGCAGUCACGGAAGAGAAAGCUUCAGUUUGAUGAAGAUGCGAAAAAACAUGAAGCAAUUAAAUACGGAGUAAAGCCCACUGAGUGCUCAUACUGCAGUGUCCGUCUGCGAAUUACAAACACAUUUGGCUGCAAGUGCAAAAGAGUGUUCUGCGCAAAGCAUCGGUACUCAGACGAGCACAGGUGCACAUAUGACUAUAAAACAGAGAAUAUGAUCCGUCUUGAGAAAGAGAAUCCUAAAAUAGCACCAUCCAGAAUAUCCAAUGCAUAG